UUAAAGAAUACUUUCUAUAACCUAUUUAAGAUAAUAAGUUAAUAAUAUACAAAUAAUUUGUAAACGAAAGACAAUCUGUUAUUGAAAAAUAUAUUCAUUGACUUUUAAUAAGUUAGUAUACUUACUAAUAUUAAAAUAUUAAUAAAAAAAACGAUUAUUGGAAUUAAAAUAUCAUUCAACAAAUAUUUGAAAAGAACUCCGUAAUGUGUUCUGUUCAUGAUGAAGCAUUUUUGCAAAUUUUACAAGAAGAAAAAAAUAUUACAAACUUUUUAGAUGCAUUUUUCGGAUUUUUAUAUAGAUGUACAGAUUUUUAUGUUGAAUCGGGACCAGAUCAAAAAUUUGGUUUUCCAACUGAUACAGUAGAAAAACUUGUUUUAUAUAGUUUUCAUAAAUGGAAGAAUAUUUCUAAAUCUUCUAAUAGAAUAGAUCUUCAAAACAGUCAAGAUAUUAUUUCUCAAAAUAAUGAUAAAAAUCAAGAUGAAUCAAUGACAGUAGAAGAAGAUUCCCUUAUUCCACAAGUUGAUCAUGAAGUAGAAAUUGAAACAUAUAAAGAAAGUCAAAUAACAAAUCAACUUGGUCAUUUACUUGAAAAAGACAAGACAUCUGAUAGUUACAAUGGUGCAGUGAGAGAAAAUUAUACUUGGUCACAAACUAUUAAUGAUAUAGAUGUGUUAGUAAAACUACCUAAUUGUAUAAGAACAGCAAAAGAUUUAAGAAUUCAUAUUAAUUCAAAAGAUAUUAAAAUAGAAGCUAGAACAUCAAGAGUUGAACAGAAUCAGGAAAUAGAGGAAUGUCGUUAUUUUGUAUGGACUACAAUUUUUAAAGGAGAAUUAUGCUUUAAAAUUCGAAAAGAUGAGUCAAUGUGGAGUAUAGUACCUGGACAACAUAUUAAUAUUCAUCUUGAAAAAGCUUCUGAGAGAUGGUGGGAAGCAUUGAUCAUUGGUGAACCAAAAAUUGAUUUAACUAAAAUAGAUUGUUCAAGAAAUUUGGAUGAAAUGGGAUCAGAAGAACAAAUGAAAGUUCAAGAAUUGAUGUGGAAUCAUCAACAAAAACUUCUUGGUAAACCAACUUCUGAACAGAUUAAAAUGGAAAAAGUAUUGAGAAAAGCAUGGGAUGCAAAAGGAUCUCCCUUUGAAGGUACUGAAUAUGAUCCUUCAAUAGUAAAUUUCAACUGAUACACUUUUAUUACGCAUUUUUUAUUUCAUUAAUUGUUAUAAAUUAAUAAAUAAAAUUCUAUAU